CAGAAACACCAAGAAGAAACCAAAGUAUGGGUGCAAUGUAAAAUUAUAUAACCCGUCCGCUGCGAUUGUCAGGGAUUUCGCCUUCACUGGUAGCCUGGUAACAUACACUCCCGGGUCUUUCUCUGCCUCUGUGGUGGAUAGUGGAGUGUUUCCCAUGUGGUAUUGGUGUGCUGGAUAUCCCUUCACUGGUAGCCUGGUAACACACACUCCCAGGUCUUUCUCUGCCUCUGUGGUGGAUAGUGGAGUGUUUCCCAUGUGGUAUUGGUGUGCUGGAUAUCCCUUCACUGGUAGCCUGGUAACAUACACUCCCAGGUCUUUCUCUGCCUCUGUGGUGGAUAGUGGAGUGUUUCCCAUUUGGUAUUGGUGUGCUGGAUAUCCCUUCACUGGUAGCCUGGUAACAUACACUCCCAGGUGUUUCUCCGCCUCUGUGGUGGAUAGUGGAGUGUUUCCCAUGUGGUAUUGGUGUGCUGGAUAUCCCUUCACUGGUAGCCUGGUAACAUACACUCCCAGGUCUUUCUCUGCCUCUGUGGUGGAUAGUGGAGUGUUUCCCAAGUGGUAUUGGUGUGCUGGAUAUCCCUUCACUGGUAGCCUGGUAACAUACAGUCCCAGGUCUUUCUCUGCCUCUGUGGUGGAUAGUGGAGUGUUUCCCAUGUGGUAUUGGUGUGCUGGAUAUCCCUUCACUGGUAGCCUAGUAACAUACACUCCCAGGUCUUUCUCUGCCUCUGUGGUGGAUAGUGGAGUGUUUCCCAUGUGGUAUUGGUGUGCUGGAUAUCCCUUCACUGGUAGCCUAGUAACAUACACUCCCAGGUCUUUCUCUGCCUCUGUGGUGGAUAGUGGAGUGUUUCCCAUGUGGUAUUGGUGUGCUGGAUAUCCCUUCACUGGUAGCCUGGUAACAUACACUCCCAGGUCUUUCUCUGCCUCUGUGGUGGAUAGUGGAGUGUUUCCCAUGUGGUAUUGGUGUGCUGGAUAUCCCUUCACUGGUAGCCUGGUAACAUACACUCUCAGGUCUUUCUCUGCCUCUGUGGUGGAUAGUGGAGUGUUUCCCAUGUGGUAUUGGUGUGCUGGAUAUCCCUUCACUGCUUGGUGA